AUGGGUAUGUGGUGGUGGUCUGUUGCGGUGCCUGUAUAUGAGGAAAGCAGGAAGAGAAACUUUUUCCAACUGUCAAAUACUUGGCCUUUUGUCGUCAAUUAUGAAUGGCAGUCGCAGCGCUGUCGUUGGCGGGAGGCGAAAGAUUCUGUUCCGCUCCGACACGAAGAGCGAGCGGCACGGCUAAUUUCGGGAUGCCGACGGCUUCUCACCUCAUCUGGGCUGGAGGGCAUUAUUCUUCAAGCAAGAAUGAGACAAGGAAGUAAGGCGCGUAGUGUUUUUCUCAGCCAGGUCGCUGCUACGCUGCUAAACCUAUUUGCAUAAUCAUGUAAACACAACGCAAGCUCGCCCCGACGCGAAAUGCAUUCGAUAGCGCAUCAAUGCCCUACCGUAGACGGCGGGCUGCGAAGCUUGCGAUGAGAGAAGAAAGAGCAAUACAUCUGAUCCUCUGCAUGGCACAAACAUCAUCGCUUGAACGUCCUUGAGAAAAAAGCCACAUCCAUCAACAUAUCUCACGCGAACCAAUCCAUAACGCCCCUUCCAGCACCUCGCCGCCUCGUGGCCUAUGCAUGCGGUGAUGAUCCGUCAAUCGAAAAGGUCCGUAUGGUAACUCAUGCUUUUGUUUUCUGUCAGAAAGGUAUGCAACCAAGUCCAAAUAAUCCGAGGGUCCCCGCUAACGCCGGACUUCCUAAGCCAAAAAAUAUGCCACAUCCGCUUGGCAAAGACAUCGACAAUCGCGGAGUAGUGGCAGACGUGUCGAGAGAGCUCGGGUGUCGUCGCGGAGCUGUAAUUAUUGAGACUUGUACUUUGGUGACAGCGAGCCAAAGCCGUAAGGACUUGGCAGACCACGGACAAACCCCUUUUUUGCUGUGAGAUCUCCACUCAGCCAUGAAAUGAUAGGUAUAAGGUACCCAGCAAUGAAUGAUGAGGCCUCAUGCGUCCAGUCGGUCUUUCAUAUCCUGGUCGAGAAGGUCGGUCAACUUCUUGCGGUUCUUGACAUUCAACGCCCCGUCACGAUAGGCCUGUCGUAGUUGCUUGAAAGCGGCACCUUGAAGAAUUGCAGGUUCGUUUUUGACCAAUUCAACGUAGUCCUUGACUACGUGCUCUCGGAUAGGACUGGGGCUGGAGAGAGCUUUCGCGUAGAAUUGGACAAGAUUUUGCAAGCCCGUGUCGUUGUGACGUUCUUGUGCGUCGUUGUUCGCAAAGAAUUUGAAUUCUCCAUAGACUUUGUUGUUGAAGUUGCGGAUCAAGAAGUGGGACCAGAAUUGGUACAGCACGUCAAGAUCAUAGGGACAAGUACCAGUCGCAGCUUCUUCCCGCUGGGAGAGUGCCCUCACUCGGAGUGCGUGAUAUGGCUCGUGGGUCGAGUUCUCUGGAUACUGUUCUGUAGGAA